CGCCUCGCUGGUGUAUAAAAGCUGUGCAGCUGAAGGAGGCAGCAUGUUCGAGCCAUGGCCUUCCUGUGGAUCCUCUCCUGCCUCGCCUUCGUCGGCGCCGCCUACGGUUGCGGCACCCCCGCCAUCAGUCCCAUCAUCACGGGUUAUUCCCGUAUUGUGAACGGUGAGGAGGCGGUGCCCCACUCCUGGCCCUGGCAGGUGUCCCUCCAGGAUUACACCGGCUUCCACUUCUGCGGAGGCUCCCUCAUCAACGAGAACUGGGUGGUGACAGCUGCUCACUGCGGUGUCAGGACCAGCCACCGGGUGAUCCUCGGGGAACACGACCGCUCCUCCAACGCAGAGAGCAUCCAGGUGAUCUCUCCUCGCCAGGUCUUCAGACACCCCAAUUACAACGGCUACACCAUCAAUAAUGACAUCACCCUCAUCAAGCUGGCCAAUCCCGCCCAGAUCAACGCGCGGGUCUCCCCCGUGUGCCUGGCUGAGACCAACGAUAACUUCGCCGGAGGCAUGAGGUGUAUGACCUCUGGCUGGGGUCUGACCCGCUCCACCGCUGCCAACACCCCCUCCCGGCUGCAGCAGGCCUCUCUGCCCCUCCUCACCAACACCGAGUGCAGCCGUUUCUGGGGCAACAAGAUCACCAGCCUGAUGAUCUGCGCCGGAGCCUCUGGAGCCUCCUCCUGCAUGGGCGACUCUGGCGGUCCUCUGGUCUGCCAGAAGAACGGCGCCUGGACUCUGGUGGGUAUCGUGUCCUGGGGCAGCGGCACCUGCUCCACCAGCAUGCCCGGCGUCUACGCCCGUGUCACCGAGCUGCGCUCCUGGGUCGACCAGAUCCUCGCUGCCAACUGAGCAUGCUCAGCAUCAUGCCUCCACUUGCAGCCUGCUCUUCAAUAAAACGCAGAAACUGUGACAAA